AUGGCUGGAGGCGGUCCGGCGGCGGCUGCGGUGGUGAUGGCGGUCGCGGUGGCCUCCAUCUCGGAGGUGGUUGCGGUCACGGCGGUCACGAUCUCGGCGGUGGCUGCGGUCGCGGCAGCCGCCAUCCCGCUGGCGGUUGGACGACGGUGGAACGGGACGGGAUUAACCCUCUCGACUGAGACCUCCGAGCUCCGAUUGGUACUGAUGCCGUGGAAAGGAUCCACUCAGAUUAAUGUGGUUGAUCAACGCACUUUGUCUGAUAAACAACAACACCACUCCCAAUCACAAUGGUCUGAUUAUGCUGACGAUGAGCAUUGGUCUACAGAAAAUACCCAGGAACUAGUGAAUUUGGGGACCACAAAGAGAGCCAGAUGGAGUCACCAAAUGAAACUAUUCCUUAUUGAUCUUUUAAAAGAACAUGAUGUGCCGGGUUUCAGAACACAUAAUGCUUGGAGUAAGGACGCAUGGACAAACAUUGUUCGUCGCGUGAAUGCAAAGUUUGGUACAUCAUAUUCUGUUAACCAAGUCAAACAGCAGGAGCAAGACUUGAAGAAAGCAUACCGAAGUGUUAAAGAUUUGCUGGCUGAAAGUGGAUUUGGAUGGGAUACUGAGCGAAUGAUGGUGACUGCGCCUGCAAGUGUUUGGUCUAGUUUUACUGCUCGCAACAACAAUAAGGACGCUUUCCAUUGGCAAGAUAGGUCAUUCCCAUAUUAUGAUGCUUUAUCUUCACUGUAUGAUGGUCGUCAUGCCGAAGGGAGAACCCGUCAAGGCAUGGACCAUUAUGCAAGCAAAGCAAAGAAUGUGUUAGUUCCAUCAACACAAACAACACAAGUGGCUGACACAUAUGACUCACCGUCUCCAACGUUAAAUGCUCCGGGUGAAUCAGAUCUACAGUUUCAUCUUGAUGAAGAGACAGAGGAGGCAAACUUUGAUUUUUCGCGGCCUUCAUCUAAUCAUGUCCAUCAGCCACAAGCUGCACCUACCUCCACACACAUGCAUAGAGAGGCAUCUGAUUCUCGAUGUGGGAGCGCCAGCAUCCGCAUCCCAGCGGCAGCGCCGGCAUCCCAGCGCCAUGCUGUAGCAGCCGUGGCCGUGGGGGGCGGAGCGGGGUUCGAGUGGGCGCGGAAGGCAUGGCCCGCGCAGAUCCAGGCAGGCAUCGACGCACUGCAGGUGCCCGCCGAGUGCAAAGUACGCGAGGUCGCUGCCUUGCCUGGCUGCCAAGUUCAAGAGCAAAUCCUUCAUCCAGCAGUGCGGUGGCAAGAGCGACGACACCUGCAAGUAAGCAUUCCAUCACAUAAUCACCCUGCCUGGGUUCUGGUAGCUGUAGCAAUCACGCUGAUAAAUUUAGCUGUAGAUUAG